GAACCAUUAAGGGAGACUUUCCCCAUGGGGAUAAGAGCAGAAAUAAAUACAGCCCAACAACCUCUUCUGAACUGCAGUCUUCUGACUCACCUGAUGCUCCAGUCCACAAGAACUGCAGAAUUCUUGAUACAGCUUUACAGAGGGGCAUUGCUGGGCAUCAAACAUUCAAGAGACAGACCCACAUGCCCUUCCCCAAGAAGAUUCAGCCAGAAGAUCGGAUUGAUGGGAGCAGCUCUGUCCAAUUGUACCAGAGUCCCCAACUUUAUUCUUUCUGGAAUCACAGACAGAACAGAGCCGAAGUUCCCCUUAUUCACUGUGUUUCUUGCUGUCUAUAUUAUUACUAUGGCUGGGAAUCUAGGGAUUAUCUGUCUAAACACGAUUGAUGCAAGGCUUCACACUCCCAUGUACUUCUUUCUUAGCAAUUUGGCUUUUGUGGACACCAGUUAUUCCUCAGCCAUUACUCCAAAAAUAUUGGCAGAUUUAUUAGCAGGGAGGAAAAGCAUUGGCUACUCUGGAUGUGUUACUCAGUUGUUUUUGUGUUGCAUAUGUGGAACUUCCGAAUGCCUCCUCUUGGCUCUGAUGGCUUAUGAUCGGUAUGAGGCUAUCUGCAAUCCUCUCCAUUACUCCACCAUCAUGUCAGGAAAAGUGUGUGUUUGCCUUGUAACUGGCUGCUAUAUAAUGGGCAUUUUCUGUUCAGUUGUACUUACUGUGUGUGUCUUUACUUCAUCCUUCUGUGGGCCAAAUGUCAUCAAUCAUUUUUAUUGUGACAUCCCCCCUCUGUUACAAAUUUCAUGCUCCAGAUCUCAUAUCAGUGAAAUAGUGAUAUUUGCACAAGUUGGAAUACUUUGUAUAAGUACUACAAUGAUUGUUCUAAUCUCUUAUAUCUGUAUCUUGUCCACCAUUUUGAAGAUCUGUUCCUCUGAGAGAAGGCAAAAGGCCUUUUCUACUUGCUCUUCCCACAUGAUGGCUGUUUGCUUAUUCUACAGGACAGUCUUCUACAUGUAUUUACAGCCGAGUUCUUCACAUUCUUUGGGACAAGACAAAAUUGCUUCUCUGUUCUACUCAGUAAUGAUUCCCAUGUUGAACCCUCUCAUUUAUAGCUUCAGGAAUAAGGAGGUGAAAGAUGCUUUCUGGAGAGUGCUUAGGAAGACAGUGUAA